CAAUUCAGAGGUUUCUCAACCCGUCCAUCUGCGAGUACCCGACUUUAGAAGAAGGUUCAAGCUCAAUGAAGGAGCGGCCUGAAGCAAAACCCAUCACAGAAGUCAAGAGGAGUUUAUCAGCUUUCCAUAAAGCCCAGCCAUGAACCACCUCACAAGUGGAAGUCUAGUGUUGAACAAUGUGUUAAAAUGCCAAGGCUUAAGGUAAUCUUCUCUGAUCUUAAAACGUCCAAGACACUUGAUUAUCCAGAUAUAAUGCACUUGUCUUUGCCAAAAAGUUUUGAUCCAGGAAUAAAAGAAGUUGAAGUUCAUAACCACCAAGGUCAAAAGAUGCAAAGAAGGCAGCAAACAAGAACAAGUUGUCCAAAGAAGAAAAUCAUUCUUCAACUUGUGGAAGCUAUCAAAAAUGUUGAGAAAUUUUCAGGUUGCAAAGGAGAAAGCUUCAAAGAAAUCCCACCGGAUAAUCUCUUGUUGCUAGGAGAAUCAAACCCAAAGAUGGUCAGAAAUGAGCCUACUAGAAGUAUGAAGGACCACCCACCGAAGGAGAUAAGCAAUGCCAGAGUCCAUAGGAGAGGCGUGAUCCUAUCCUAUUUGCUGAAAGAAGAGCCACCUGAUGCACAAUCCAUCCCCAAACCGAAACAAUAUCAAGGUAAGACCUUAGAAUCUCAAAAGAGUAUGAAAGCUGACUUGCUCUAUCUUGGUGCAGGUUAUACAGUUUCGAGGUCGAAACCUUCUCAAGGGGGAGGGAAUGUUGCGGCCAGCAAUUCAGCAGCUGAACCAGAGGUCGACCCAACACCCUACUCAACCAGCCAAGGCGCCAACCAGGACAUACGUGCACUAAAAAUGCCAUAUCUUACAAACCAGGAGGGUUUAAAUCACGAGGCUAAUUGUUAUGCAUUCUACACUCAAGAAGGAGUCCAGUCCAAUUGGAAUUGGGCCAAAAUAAUCACGGAGAAAGAAGUUAUGAAUUUUACAAUUCAGAGGUUUCUCAACCCGUCCAUCUGCGAGUACCCGACUUUAGAAGAAGGUUCAAGCUCAAUGAAGGAUCGGCCUGAAGCAAAACCCAUCACAGAAGUCAAGAGGAGUUUAUCAGCUUUCCAUAAAGCCCAAGAUCAGGAGAAAUGGCCACGGAAAUUAGGAGUUAUGAUCAAUUCCCCAGAACCGGCCAAACCGACGUCAUCUAUGGAAAGUCUUCAACCAAUUCAACUUGGUUCGACCCAGAGCUAUUUAUGGGAACCAGGAGAUCAUCUUAACCAAUCAGGAGGUAUUCCAGAAGUCCUUAGCUGCACCAGAACCCAGGAGAUCAGUUGGUUCAAUGGAGAAUCACUUAAACCCAACCGGAGCUAUUUAUGGAAAGAUUGGACAAUCUUUCGGUUUGAUCCAUUCCAAGCAAUUCCAAUCCAACCAGGAGAACCAGACGACGUCCAGACAAAACCAAGACAUCCAGGAGACAUUAUACACGAGCCAGAAGAGUUCUACAACUUCAUCCCAUGCACCAGCCCACAUAGGAAUAAGAAGAUCCCCAUUAUCACCAAACUGCCUUAUUUGGAGUCUCUUGCAUUCAAACUCCAACAGCUCUUUUUUAUACCAAGGCAAGGACGAGAUCAGCAUCUACCAAGCAUUCAAGAAGGUCCCAAGAAAGCUCUAUUAUCCCCUUAAACCGUCCAGAUUCAAGCAAAUCAAGUUUCUUCACUUGGAGCCAAAAUCCCACAAAAAGCUCCAACGGCUAGUUUCCGAUUUCUUGCUUAGUUUAGAUUUGUUUCCUUUCUUUUCUUUUGUGAACGUUAAGAGUCUUGUAUCUGAGCAUUAUAUAAGCUAAUUGUCGUCCAUUGUAGAGAGCACCCUUAAUCACCAAGUUAAUAAAAAGUUUAUUCAGUUUUUAUCAAAGAUUGUUCUUUGUAUAAAAUAUCGGUCUUUAGGAUUCAAAGAGAGAUUCUUUGUUGUUCUAUUGAUUUCGUGAGUCUAGUUUGUUUGUGCAAAUCAAACAAGCUCAGUACACAGAUUGAGAGAGUCAAUCAAUUCGAUCCAUCCUUCAUCAGAUUGAGAGAUUCAAUCAAAACCUCAUCCGCAAAUCCACUUCAAUCCAUCCCUUGAUCCGGCUUGAGAGAGACAUCAAUCCAUCCCUCUCCAUCGCGUCCAUCUAGCCGCUCCAUAGCCGUCCGUCCGUCCUGUCCAGUCCGAGUUCUUGAACCUCAGUCCGUCCAUUUGAGUAGCCUGAAUCCCAGGCUGCAACAUCCUGUGUGUACUAAACAGACAUCCAACGUAGGCCAAAAUCACCCGAACAGUCCACGGAAAGGGUCAGCGUGCUGAGUCCAAGGACCGACGUGCUGAUAUGUGUACUGAUGGACAGCCACGGACGUCCUGUGUGUGCUGACGGAC